CAGACACGUUGUGUAGUGCCGUUUCCAUUCAUUGGAUUAAAAGACCAGAGGCUGCUAUUGAUAAUAGUGUCAGACACAAAUCUAUCUGAGGCCGCUUUUCUUUACCAUCAUUUGUCCAAGUUCGAAAUCGGCCCUUGGCCUAUUUUGAUUCCAAUAAUAGAUUAUCCUCAACUUUGGACUGAAGCAAGGACGCCAUCACUAAGUAGAAUACGUCGUAGAUUAAUGUUGUGGGAUCCAUGCAAAAGGAUUACGUUUCAAUUCAUUAGAUUUGUGAAGGAGAGAUGCGUUCCGAGUUUCCAUAGUGCUGGGGAACCUAUUGCUAUUUCACUUGACACUCGUGGAAGACUAGUUCAUACUAAUGCAUUACACAUGAUCCUAAUGUGGAGAGGAGAUCUUGCAUUUGAUACACUGACGGUUGGUAGUGGAAACCAUAUCAUCUCUUUAUUACAAAAAGAGUUGUCGGAAAUGACUUUAGAUGUUGGUUCUGUCAUUGAUGAUAUUGAGGAGAGGAAAUGUGACUUGGUUAAUCGCAUUGGAAAUACAAUUGAUGUUUGGAGAAUUGCCAUUAAUACGAGGAUACAAUAUUCGGACUCUUCCUAUAAUUACACUAGUAAGAAUGAAGAAAUGCUUUGGAAUAAAGAGACAUGGAAUCUUAAACUUUUGGGUAAUGACAAAGUACGACCGUACUGGCCCUUAACAAAGAAGUAUGACAUAGAUAAGUGGAUAGCAAAUUGGACUGCAAUGAAAUAUGACAUUUUUUUGUGUGGAGGAAAUGACGCUAAAUGUAUUCAAGAAUUUGCAACUAAAGUGAAGGAGGUCAAUUCUGAAAUCCAAUUGGAUAUCAAAUUUGCAUACAUUGGAAAUAACAAGAAAGCGAAGUCACUUGUGAAAAAUAUAAGUGGUUAUGCACUUACUUCUAAUAAUGCAGAAUAUUUGUGGUUUUGGACACGACUUCGAAGUGCACUUCUAUCAAGAAUUAAUUAUUUAAAUAAGACUGGUCGUAUUGAAGAUGAAGACAAAAUUUAUCUUGGACUCCAAAAGUUACUAGCUUACGAAGCUAAAAGCACAACAUUUGGAGCAUGGGUUUUGUUAAGCAAAGGGGAAGAAGUAGUAGCAUGUGACUUAGGUGACAAAAUGAUGAGAGUGAUGAAUGCGUACCAAAAAUGAAAGAACAAUAUACACAACAAAGGCUUCAGCCAAGCAUUCAAAGAUUGUUAUGAGAAGCUUGCUUCUUCUCAGGAUCAACAUUCUUGUUGUACUCUUGAAUAUCCAUUAACUUUGGAUAAAAUACCAGAAGAUUUGAAGUGCCCUCAAUGUUCUCACACUAUGUAUAAAUUUGUAA